AUGAAGGGGUUGGGGCUUUCCACCGGAGAAAACCAGUGGAAGCCCCUCGAUUUACUUGAAAAAGAACAAACCCUAAUGGAGGAGGAAGAGAUGAGGGAGGCGGCUAGGAAGAGAACAGAUCCAGCUUUUAAUUCUUUGCCUAUAAGUGAAGUGGAAAUUCCAGUUGAUAUUCCAGAAGAGCAGUGUGUGAAAACUGAUCCUGGGAUACGUAAGCCAAUUUGUAAAUUUCCGGUGAAUCAACAAGACCGUAUUCGGAAGGAGUAUAUACAAUUGGGUCCUUGUCAGCCUAAGUUGGAAAAUUAUCCACCAACAUCUGAUGGACGUGAUAAUCGUCAUUUUCAAUAUAGAUGGUUUUCAUUAUUUCCGUGGUUGAAGUAUUCGGUAGCUACUGAUAAGGUGUUUUGUUUACUUUGCUUUCUUUUUGAAAAAGAUCCACCAAAGUCACCUAUGUUCACUACUAAAAGAUGUUGCAAUUGGAGCAGAAUGUUAGCCAGAAAGAAAGGAAUCUGUGAACAACAUGUUGGACAAUUAAAUUCUUAUCAUCAGAAGAAUGUUCAAAAUUGGGCUGCUUUGUCAAGAAUUUCUCAGCAAAUUGAUAGAGUGAUUGAUAAGCUUCCACCAGAAAUUGUAAAGCAAAACAGGUUGCGUUUAAAGACAACAAUAGCAGCAGUAAAGUAUCUUGGCAAACAAGGGUUGCCAUUUAGAGACCAUGACGAAUCUCCAAACUCAUGUAGUAGAGGACAUUUCAUUGAAAUAAUCAAGAGUUACGCAGGUAUGAAUGAUGAUAUUGCGAAAGUUGUUCUUGAAAAUGCUCCUAAACAUGCCAUGUACAUUGCACCAUCAAUUCAGAAAGAGAUUCUAGAUAUAAUUGCUACUAAGAUUCGAAACAAAAUUCGUCAGGAAAUUGGAGAUGCCAAAUUUUGUAUCCUAGUUGAUGAAUCACUUGAUAUAUCUCAUAAGGAGCAAAUGGCAAUUAUUAUCGGAUUUGUUGAUGAAGAAGGUUUUGUUCGAUAA